CCCACAGGAGUACGGGUGUCCUGUAUCCCCAUCGACUUACGGCCACACUUCUUUCCGGAAGUGCUCGCCGCGAUCUUCACAGGAUUCUUCCGCGCCUUCAAGGCAACAGACCUCCUGAGCUUCCUCGGUCGUGGGCCGGAUGCCGGCCCAGCCUCCCCCUCACGUUGCCCAUCCUCUACAGAGUCCCUCCGCCUCUUGACGGGCUUCA